UAUUUUAAAUAACAUUUAAGGCCAAACAUUUGCAGAUUCAUUGUUCAUUCUCCAACAUUAUUAUUAAAUAUUUCUUUAAACUUGCAAUAAGAUUAAUAAUAUGAAAGCUAUGUUUCGUUUGGGUUCGUUCUGUUGGUCGAUGAUUCUGGCGUUAGCUGUUAGCCAAGCAGCACAUUUCCCAGCUGGAAUCGACCCGAGGCUCUGCCCCAACUAUCCUCAGUGUGACAACGCCAUCCUGGCAGCUUUUAGUAAAAACCCGUUGCCAUUCAUGAGAGGUGGUUCUGGUAGCGGAAGAAACAACGGAGGAGCAAGGGAUAUCGAAAUAAACCAUUUUCUUUUCACACCCCCAGGAUAUCCGGUGGGCCUGACUAGAGAUCAAUGCCCUAACUAUCCUUUUUGCCAUUAGGCAACUGAUUUGUUGAUAUCUAUUAAAUUGUUAUAGUGACCAAAAAUAAAUUGUUACUACAUUUUAAUAUUCUAAUAUAUUUAAUGUUUUUCGUUUGGAGACCCAAGAAAUUUACAAACUAAAGUCAUUAUAUAUAUUUGAGGGGAUAUUUUAACAUUUGUAGAAAAACUGAAUACGGUUUUAAUCUCAUCCUUUCAUUAAAUCCUUGCGGUAAUCGUCACAAAUGGUUAUUAUUCAUUAUAAUUAAUCAUUACGACUAGUAUAAUAAUUUGCAAAAAUGUA